CCCACUCCUAGUCCUAUGCCGAAGCCAAAGCGACACUCUCGAAAAAAGCCAGCCGAAGAUGAGGUAGAAGAGGUCGAAGACCGUCUCAGUGAACCUCCCCCCGGCCUAAUUGAGCAGGUCUUGACCCUGGAUGCUUGCAACAAGUUCGUCGGUCCAUUCCCCGCUGACACUUUCCUGGAUACCUUCUUGCCGGCGUCUUCUUCUUCUAUGCCAGAUAUCAACGAGGCUAUUUUCUCGAAAAUUCCAAGGAAGAGAACGUAUAACAUGUUCAGACCUCUAAUAACCGCGGUUCAUCCAUUCUGCUCUAGUCUAAGGGUGUGUAGGACCACAGGAAGUAGUGAGAAGAAAUGGAGAUUGUACCGGAAAGAUCUGAGCCCUCAAAUCGCGAUGUAUGACACCAGCGUCCCUCAAGACGUCAAUACGGAUAUUUCAAGGAUGGAGACGUGGAUGGAGGUGACUGCCCAUGAGGAAGACGACCCGUUCGACGAUCCUCCUCCAGAGCUUACGGGUGAAGACCUCUUUGCACACCUUCGAGCACACCCCUUCGAACGCGAAGCGGAGCAGGGGAUGCUCACUCGAGGCCGAGCGCUCGCUCAUGCCGUCGCCCAGCUGGGAUCGCAAAACCGAAACUUCGUCUUCUCGACAGUCGUAUUCGGUCGAUUCGCCCGCUUGGUGCGCUGGGAUCGUGCCGGUGCGGCGGUCUCGCGACGAUUCGACUACACCAAAACGCCUGAGCUGCUCGCCGAGUUCCUCUGGAGAUUAUCGCAGGCGUCACGGGAAUGUCGGGGAUCGGACGAGUCGGUUUCGCCUGCAGAUUUGGACGACGAGAUUGCAGCUACGAUACGACAGCAGCUCGACAUGCCUCCAGGCGAGCAGCUGUUUGGCUAUGAAAUUCGCGAUGACGCAGAUCCAGUCGCAUCUACUUCGUCCAGCGGAACCGAUGAGCACGGGCACAAACCCUCCACCACGUCGCGCUGCUACUAUGGCCCUCGAUUCGGCCUUCUGCCCUUGGACCUCACGGGUAGCUCUACGCGAACUACCGCCCUGUGGGACUUGACUACCGGGAAGAAGGUCUUCCUGAAAGACCUUUGGAGACCCGACUCGGCUUCGGCAGAGAAGGAGGGCGACAUCUAUCGAUUACUUCAGUCGCAUAACGUCCCGCAUAUCGCGCCCAUGGAGAGAAGUGGAGAUGUGCCCAGCAUUCACGGCGCUAGAACUCGGACGCAGGAUUACAGCAAACAAUAUCUCGGCAUACGAAUAUCCGGUUACGUCCAUUAUCGUCUCAUCCUCGGUAUCGUAGGGAAACGAUUAAGCCAGUUUUCGACCCCCAGUCAACUGGUCUCGGCUCUGGCUGAUGCUCUAGAAGCACACAAGGGGGCAUAUGAAUCGGCCAAGAUCCUCCACCGAGAUAUCAGCGCGGGAAAUAUCAUUCUGUCGCCGACUGGCGAAGGCCUGCUGAUCGACUGGGACCAUUGUCUCAACAUGAAUAGCCCGUCAUAUGAGGAGGCUCAAUAUGGGAUAACAGGCACUUGGGAGUUUAUCUCCGGGCGUCUUCUCGAAGAACCCGACGACGAGAAGCACACUCUGCAGGAUGACUUGGAGUCAUUCUUGCAUGUUGCGACAUGGGUCUCCAUCCGGGGGAUUCACGGCCAGUUGUCGUCCAUGGAGCGGGAACAUUACCUUGAUGACGUUUUUGGCGAGAAGGAAACGAUCAAUGACCGGGAAGUAGGAGGUUCCUGGAAACACUCGCGUCUCGCAGCCGAUCGCUGGGUACCUGAUAAAUGGCUUCCUGACCAUUCUCAUCUGCUUCUCAUGUUACGCAAACUAGGCAACGCCUUUGGUUUCCGGUAUCGCAAACCCCCGAGCGAUGAGGAGCGGAAAAGUUUUUGCCUGGCUGAAGAAGAACUCAGAGCUGCUAUUCCUGAGCUCUAUGAGACCCUGUAUGUCCGCGUUUACGAUAAGGCUAUGGCCGCGAUCCAGACGCACGAUUGGACCAUCAAGGUGUUGAGAGAAGCAUCAGAAGCGCUUGCAGACGAUAAGACGCCCUCGACGACGGCCAUCAAAAACGGACAAGCCUUAAUAUGUCGUUCUACUGAUCUUGAGAGCAUAGGUACACAUCCUCGCGAUGGCCAGCAAGUGCAUGGGAAGCGUCUCAGGCGAGCACCUUCGCCUCUCGCUGAUGGCAGACGAUCAAGGAAGAAACAUAAGCGUAAUCCUUAGCAAUUAGAUGUUAUGAGCGCUUGCUGCCUUCUGCGGAGCUAUUGUAUGAUAUAUCCCUCUGUAGUAUCAGCAGGUCCAUAUUGGGCCAGGUUUAUUCAAGGGUUUAUUAAUGUAUGGUACGGAAUCGCUCGGACGCUUUUCUGUCACUAUGAUGUGCUAAAAAGAGCAUCCUUUCCC